AUGGUUUUCGCAAAAAAACAUUGGAUUAUUAUUGGUAGUAUAGGAAGUACUUUGGCUAUUGCUAUUAUUGUAGGUGUUACAGUAGGAGUUGUUGUUGGACGACGAAAAUCAGAACAAACAACAAAUGAACAACGAGCAUUUGAUAUUCUUGCACAAAAUCCAUUGAUUGAUGGUCAUAAUGAUUGGGCUAUGAUUAUUCGAGCAAUUCUUCAAAAUAAUAUAUCCGGUCAUGAUUUCUAUAAUAUGACUCAAUAUGAUAGAAAAAAUGGCACACCAUCUCAAACAGAUAUAAUACGUUUACGAAAAGGUCAAGUUGGUGGACAAUUUUGGUCAAUCUAUACAUCUUGUGAACAUCAAGGAAAAGAUGCUAUAAUGAGUUUUAUGGAACAAAUUGAUGUUAUGAAUCGAUUAAUAGAAAAAUAUUCUGAUGUAUUUCAAUUUGUUAGAACAGCUAAUGAAAUUCGACAAGCAUUUCAAGCUAAACGUAUUGCAAGUUUAUUUGGUGUUGAAGGUGGACAAGCUAUUGAAAGUUCAUUUUCAAUUUUAAGACUUUUCUAUCAAAUGGGUGUACGAUAUAUGACAUUAACACAUAAUUGUAAUACUCCAUGGGCUGAUCAAAAUCAAGUUGAUCGUAUUAAUUCAACAUUAAUAAAAAAUAAUGGUUUAACAGAAUUUGGAAAAAAAAUUAUUACAGAAAUGAAUCGUCUUGGAAUGUUAAUUGAUUUAUCACAUGUUUCAAAAAAAACUAUGCUUGAUGUAUUAAAUAUUACACGUUCACCAGUUAUAUUUAGUCAUUCAUCAGCUUGGACUUUAUGUAAUCAUACACGAAAUGUUCAAGAUGAUGUACUUCAAUUAAUUAAAUCUAAUCGUGGAAUUGUUAUGGUUGCAUUUACACCAGGUUUUAUAAUAUGUAAUCGUCAACGUCGUGUAACCAUUCCAGAUGUAGCAGCACAUAUUAAUCAUAUUCGAAAUGUUGCUGGUAUCGAUAGUGUUGGUAUUGGUGCUGAUUAUGAUGGUAUUGACGACACACCAGAAGGUCUAGAAGAUGUAUCGACUUAUCCAAAAAUUAUUGAAUAUUUAAUAUCACAAGGAAAUUGGACUAAUGAUGAUAUUAUUAAAUUGAUUGGUGGAAAUAUUAUACGAGUAAUAGAAGAAAAUGAAAAAAUAUCACGUGAUCUUCAAAAGAUAAUUCAACCAUUUGAAGAUUUAAUACCUCUUAAUGAUUUAAUAAAAUACAAUUUAACACAAUGUCGAUAUUUAGAUAUGUAUACAGAUACAUCUUAUUUGUGA